AUGAAGCUUCCGAUGAUGCUUCGAACGACGACUCAGCGAGGAACGUUCGCCUCGGCAGCAGUCCGACUCAUUCCCACGCGUUCGGCCACCGCCGUCGCUGUUCGUGCCGUCUCAUCAACCGCACAAGCGAGCAAUCGCCCAUCGACAGUGCAGGCCCGCGUUCAGCUUAUCUCGAAUCGCUCAUUCAGCACAUCACAGAAGUGGGCGCAUCCUACAGCCAAGUACACGGCGUCGCCUUUGACCGACGGCGAAUAUCACAAGCUCUCUAAUCACGUGCUCGACUCUCUCACCGAGACCUUUGAAAUGCUGCUGGAGGAGGCAGACAUCGAAGCACUGGAAGAGGAUGCAAGGUCAAAGAAUCAAGGCGCGACAAGAGGGUCACCUGCCUCUGAGUGGGAUAUCGAGUGCGCAUCUGGCGUGAUGAACCUCAGGUGCGGAGUCCACGGCAUUUGGGUCAUCAACAAGCAGCCCCCCAACAAGCAGAUCUGGCUCUCGAGUCCGAAGAGCGGGCCAAAACGAUUCGACUACGACGCAGACAGCAAGACAUGGUUCUGCCUCAAGGAAGGCGAAACUUCGACGCUUCAUGAGAUCCUGCAGGAGGAGCUAUCGCAGGUGUUUGACACUGAUGUGGAAGUCUUGCUUGAGGAUGAAUGA